AUGGGGAUUCCUGAAGUGCCGGAGUGGAUUCCGGGCCUGCCGGAGGACCUCGGGCUGGAGUGCCUGACCCGGCUGCCCUAUUCGGCCCACCCGAUCGCUUCACGGGUCUGCCGGCCGUGGCGAUCACUCCUGGAAAGCAAGGACUUCUAUCACCACAGGAAGCGGAACGGUUACACCCGGAAGGUGGCCUGUUUGGUUCAGGCUACUAGUGGGGCAGUCACUCUCGAAUCAAAUCAGCCGAAAUCGAACACCGCGGGAUCCGCAAGUUACGGAAUCGCGGUGUUCGAUUCGGUUUCGGGUACUUGGGAGCGGCUGGACCCGAUUCCCAAGUACCCGAACGGCCUGCCGAUGUUUUGUCAGCUGGCGAGCUGCGAGGGGAGGCUGGUGGUGAUGGGCGGGUGGGACCCGGCGACGUACAAGCCGGUCGCCGACGUGUUCGUUUACGAGUUCACGACGUGUCGUUGGAGGAAGGGGAGGGAAAUGCCGUCGAAGCGGUCGUUUUUCGCGAUCGGGUCGAGCGGGAGCCGGGUCUACGUCGCGGGCGGGCACGACGAGAGCAAGAACGCGCUCAGAUCGGCGUGGGUUUACGACCUGAGGCGGGACGAGUGGGCCGAGUUGACUCAGAUGAGCCGGGAGAGGGACGAGUGUCAGGGGGUGGUGGUCGGGGACGAGUUUUGGGUGGUGAGCGGGUACGGGACGGCGAGCCAGGGAGCGUUUGAGGGCGGGGCGGAGGUGUUGGAUCUCGGGUCGGGUCGGUGGAGGCGGGUCGACGGCGCGUGGGAGGAGGGGCAGUGUCCGAGGGCGUGUGGGGGUGGGGUUGGGAGAGAUGGGAGGCUGGUGAGUUGGGCCGAGUUGGGCCCGGCUGCGCGGGUCGGGACCCGUGGGGUCGAUCUCGGGUCUCGGGUCCUGGUGAUGGGUUCGGAGUAUGAUGGCGCGAACCAAGGGAUCUUUGUGAAGGGAGAAGGGCAGAAUGGUAAAUUGGAGAAGGUUAGUGUGCCGGAAGAGUUUUCUGGGUUUGUUCAAUCCGGCUGUUGUGUUGAGAUUUAG